UGACGAUAAUUGAGAGAAAAUUAUUCCUAAAUUAAAAUUGAUUAAUGCUCCAUCCAUUCGUUAUUAUUGUCGUUUUGUGAUUGAAUGUUUUGCCAAGAAGAAGAAGAAUAAUGAAUCAUUUUCGUGAACUAAACAACAAUAUCGAUGAUAUUCCAAUGAAAUUUCAAGAUAAAUAUAUUAAAUUAUUGAAUAAUGUUUCAAUUUUUAUUGAUAAUUCAGAUUGUGAUGAUGAUGACGACGAUGAUGAUGAUGAUGAUAUUGAUCAAUAUAAAAUUGAAGAUUAUAAAUUUGAUUCGGAAUUGAUUGCAAUCGAAGUUUAUGUUUUGAAUGAAAAACGUAAAGCAGAACAAUUACAACGAUAUGAAGCAAGGAAAAAAGAAUUUACAGAAAUGAUGAUGGCUAAACAGCAACAACAACAACAAACACCCGUGAUAUUAUCAUCGGCACCGCCAUCCACUAUCGCAACUUUUGUUGGUUCGAAUGAUUGGCAACAACAAGAACAUCAACCAACGGCUACUGUAACCAUAACAAAUGAUAAUCAUCGAUCAAACGAUGAUAAUAAUGGUUCAACAACAAGAUUAUAUAAUUUUGUUUCGAAUGAAAUUCUAAAACCACAGCCAUCUAUGGCGAAUAAUGGUGGCAAUAAUAAUAAUUGUGAUCCGACUGUGGCCAGUGCAAAUUCAUUCGAAUCAAACAUCGUUAAUAAUGAAAUAACAACGACAACGAUAAAAAAUCCACAUCCAAAUCGUCAUCAUCAUCAUCAUCAUCGAACAUUAGUCAAUCCAAAAGAAUUUGAAAAUGAUGAUUCUAGUCCAUUUGAUAAUGUUGAAUUACAAUCGAUUGAUGAAUUUAAAGAAUUGAAUAAAGUUUUUGGUGCCUUAAAUUUUUCUACAACAACGUCAACAACAACAUCGUCAUUAUCAUCAUCAUCACCUUUAUCGACAUCGGCUACAACAGUUCCACAGGUGCCCAGAAAUUCUCCGAUUAAUCAUCAACAUCAUUAUCAACAACAGCAUUUAAAUCAAACAGUCGAAGAUGCUCAUAGUCAUCCACCAUUAUCAACAACGACGACAACAUCUUUUCCAUUGAAUAAUUAUUCAUCAUAUCCGACAAAUUAUUCUCAAAUGAUGACUACUACUACUGCUGCUGCCGGGCAUUAUCAUCCACAGCAGCAGCCAUUCGGUUAUUCACAUCCCAAUACAAUGAUGGUAAUGGAUAAUCAUCAUCAUAAUUACCAUCAUUAUUCGAAUCAUUAUCCUUAUCAACAACAACCAACUACAAUGAUAACAAAUCCAUUUUCAUUUGAAAUGAAAAGAUCUUUAUCGGAAAAAAAAGAUUUCUAUGAACCAAAUAAUAAUAAUCAAUCUUUUUCAAUGAUGAAUGCAAUGACGCCGACAACAACAACAUUAUCAUCAAGAUCGAAAAGUGUUUCAGAUUUAACACAAAUACCAUCAUCAUCAUCAACGAUAAUUCAAAGCCCACAUCAUUCAAAUGAUUUAAGGCCUGCUAACUGUGAUCAACAACAAUUAAUAUAUCCUAAUCAAACAAAUAAUUUUUAUUUGUUAAAUAAUAAUAAUCAUGAUCGUUCAAAAACACCACCAUCUCGUAUGCCUAAUGAUUAUUAUCGUCAACAACCUAUCAACAACAACAAUAACAACAACAAUCCUGGAACAAUGAAUGAUCCAUAUGAUACAUUAUCGGAUGAUCAGAAAAAAUUCAUUGAUCAUCUUUGUCAAAUGGGUUUUCGUCGUGAUCGUAUUGCCCGUGCAGUUAAACAUAUGGAUUUAAAUAAUAAUGAUGAUAAAAAAUUAUUUGAAUAUCUACUGGCAUUACAACAGCUGGAAGAUCAAGGUUAUGAUUGUUUGGAUGCUGAAAUUGCCCUACAUUUUAAUAAUUAUGAUAAAAAUAAGGCCGAAAAUUUCCUAAAAAUAUUAAAACAAAUGUUGGAUUUUGGUUUUGAUCGACGAAAAUCAAUAAAAGCAUUAUUCAAAACAAAUAACGAUAGGGAUAAAGCAAUUGAAUUAUUGCUCAAAAUGCAUUGAUUUUGGAUUAUCGGAUUUUGGGCAUACCUUGAGUCUUUUCUUCUUUUUUUGUUUUGAUA